CAGCUUGUUUGGUCUAGACAAAAUGGCGAGCCUCAUAUACGGGUCGAGUGUGACCUCCUGCCACGUUUAAAUCCUUUUUUUGUCAGUUUAAAACCCGCUUUGUGACCUAUCCUGACAACCAUGUUAGCUAACAUUGCUCUGCGAACCGUCCUGAAGUCUUCAGUCGGUGUUUUCCGAGGGAGCGGUUGCUCUGCUCUGACAGCAGCACCGAGACUCACAGGCGGUUGCUUUGCUAUUCCGCCACCAGUGAGACAUUAUGCUCGUGUUGUAAAGAAAAAGGAGACGGGCCCUGAGAGCCAGCUCAGUGAUCUUCCUCCAACAAUGCUGAAGAGUGGCUAUGCAGCCGUGCCCCUCUCGCAAACGACUGAUGAUAUUGUCAAAAGAAUUCUGUCAUUGGAGCUGGCGAGCCAUACUGACAAGCUCCAGCUGAAAAGGGAACAGAUGAUUGCUAAAGUCCAGAGGGAUGAGAAUGACUUCACCUCAGUGGAAGUCCGGGUGGCUAUUUUGACUGCCAAAAUCCGAAACUUCCAGGAGCAUUUGCAAAAACAUAACAAGGACAAAUCUAACAAGAGGCGGAUGCUCAUGGCUAUUGAUCGGAGGAAAAAGCUAUUAAAAAACCUGAGGUUGGUUAACUACGAUGCUUUUGAGAAGGUGUGCGAGCAGCUGGGCAUCACAUACAGUUUCCCCCCCGAGUACUACAGGAGGGUCACUCAGCGCUGGCUGGCUAAGAAGGCCCUCUGCAUUAAGGUCUUCCAGGAAGUGCAGAAGCAGAAAGCAGAGCAGAGGCUGAUGAUGCAGAGUCUAGCCCCCGCAGACCCCAAGGCAGCCAAGACUGCAUCUGUUUAGACCCCAUAAACAAAAAUAUUCUGUAUAAUACAAAUGAUUCUAAAUGCUUGUUAACCAACAAAGUUACAUUAACACCAUCUGAUGUAAAGCAUUUGGAUUGGAAGUCCUUUUUCAUGUAUCACUGUCAUAUUCCUUUAAUUGCUUUCAUGUUGAUGUCAGAAUAAAAUGGAAAUAAAAUGUCCCAGAAAUGUGUA